AUGGAAAGAUGCAAAUUAAAUUUGGCUGAGCAUAUAGCAGAUAAUAAACAAAAGUAAUAACUAUUAUCUCUUAUUGAAAUUAUUGAUAUUUCUAAAUAGAUUGUUAAUGGCUACCAUGAUCUAUAUUCACAUCAUAUAAUUCAUAGAGAUCUUAAACCAGAGAAUUUAUUAAUUGGAAAAGACAAUAAAAUUAAAGUAAUAACGAAAUAAUUCAAAAGAUUUGUGAUUUUGGUUUUGGAAAAAUUGUGAAAUAUGAUAACUAAUUAGUUGCCUAAUCCAUUUUGGGUACUCCUUUGUAUGUCUCACCUUAAGCUUUAAUGACUGGUUAAUAUACAUCUAAAACAGAUGUUUAUAGUGUAAAUUAUAUAUUCAAUAUAGUUUGGAUUGAUAUUGUAUUUUCUUAUUUUUUAGUAAUCUUAUUAUAAAGCUAAGACCUUUGAUUAAUUAAUUUAAAAUAUUAUGGUGUUGGAUAAAGAAUUUUCGAUAGGAGAAUUUAAGAAUUUUGGAAGUUAAGAAAAUAUUACUUUAUUAUAAUAUUUACUAGAUGGAUGCAUUAAAUUUCAUGAAAAAGAUAGAUUUAAUUGGGAUUAAUUAUUUAAUAUUUUUGAUUAAAUCUCUAUACCUUAAAAAAACCGAUCUUAAUCUAAAAGAAUAGUAGAAUUAAGAUCUUAAUCUAAUAAUAGAAAUAUUAGUCAAGAAGAGUAGCUUUAAAUGAAUCCAUAUGAAAAAUUAACAUAACAUAUUUAAAUUUAAAAUUAAAAACCUCCUUUAAAAGAACAUGGAAUGAAAGUUUAAUUGAGGGCUUUAAAACAAAAUUAAAUAAUUGAGAAAGGCAUGUAUUAAAUUCAUCUAUAUAAGAUUAAGUUUAAAGUGGAACUUAAAGUUAAAAUGAUAAAAAUC